CUCGCGACAGUCUCGGCGGGUGGAUAACUAAUAUUUACAUUAAUAAAUAUUAUGCAAGUUUUCUUUGUGUUUUCAUUGUGUACUGUAAAUGCAAUUUGCUCCGCUUUUGAAAAAUCUACAAUUUCAUUAUCAACACUUUUGAUACAAACACGUGCAAAGAGUGCUCUUUAUUGCGUGCAAAUGUGAAGAAUCCUCAAGCUUCGGUCGAGCUUAUCAAAAAUUCUGUGGAAAUAUCACUUCACAACAGACGGACAGAACACUAAGCGCUGCAAUAAAACAAUAAGUAUGAAAUAAAAGCAAAAAAAAUAAUAAAUAAAAAAUACAAAUAAAUAAAUUAUCAAAAUAAACGAUCGUUAAAAAGACACAUACUCGUACAUAGAAAUUUAAAUACGAGCGAAUGCAUUCUACACAAAAAAUGUUGACUUCAACGGAACGCCUCGAGGCAACGAUCAGUUCAAAGCACAGCGACUAUGGCAGCACAACGUUAAAGAAUCGCGCGGCGACAACUAACGGUCAAGAAUCGACAACAGCGGAAAUACCCAUUGCCAUAGACGCAGCUUCACUGGCAUCGUGCGAGAAGAACAGCGAUCACAUCGGCAGUGACCAGUCGGCGGAGCAGUAUCAUUCCAGUGACAGCGCGGCAGCUAGUGGCCACGAUAUCGCCUAUCAGAGUUCCUCCAACCCGGUGACGACUUACACUUCAAGUCUCUUCGCAGCUGCGAGUAAAGCUUCCCCCGCAGCGCGUUUUCAAAUACGAAACUCACGUUACCCACGUUACGCCUACAGUAGAAUGGAGACGUACAUCGAUGAGAAGUCCACCGGACAGAAGUCCAUAUGGAAGUCGGUUGCAUUUCAGCGCCUCGAAACAUUUCUGUUUAUUUUGAACCAAAUGUGCAUCGGCUUUGUAACCAUCUACAUGAACUGGCUGUGCCUCAGCACCGGCUUGCAGAAGACCUCGUUGCAUGCGUGGCUGGUGACACUCGGAUACUCGUUGUUGAUGGCCGAAGCGGUGAUGAUACACUACAAUGCCAACCCGCUAACGUCACACUACAAACGGCAUCAGAAACACACCAUACACUGGGUGCUGCAACUGGCAGGCGGUGGACUGGGCAUGGGCGGUACUCUAUAUAAAUGCAUACAGAAGGGUUUCCUGCUAACGAGCACACAUGGCAAACUGGGUUUCGCCACAUUCAUUCUCUGCUUGGUGUCUUGGUUAACGGGUUUGACUGCGCUUUAUCAACUCAAAUUGAAGCAUUAUGUCCGUCCAUUAUUAAAUCGCACAUUCCACAACUUGAUCGGAUUCGCUUGCUUCGUACUAGCGCUACUGAGUCAAUAUUAUGGUUAUGAGACAGGUUUCUUUAAAAGAGCACACAAAGAUGGAUCCACACUCCCCAUUUGCAUGAAGGCCAUAACUCUCAUUUCGCUGGUGUUCACUUGUAUUGGACCGAUAAAGGCGUUGCUUCAGAAGAUCCGUACCAUUAUAAGAGGCUGAUUGUAAACAUGAAUAUUACAUAAUAUGAUCCAUACUUUCUUGACAAUGUAUGUUGAGAAGACAUAUUGGCUUACCAAGUAUAAUAUCUGUAGAUAAUCUGAUUUUAAUAUUCUCGAUGAAUUUGUAUUUAUUAUUACCAUUUAAACUAGUUAAUACUAUACGAAUGACCAUGUAUUUUAUAAUUUAAAUAUUAAAAAAACGACAUUUAAAAAC